AAACGAUUACCGAAAACACGUAGCAUCGACUUCGGCAUUAAAAUGGCCGACCUUACAGAUGGUUCCGUGACAGGGGCAUAUUCGGCUCUUUUUCACAAAGAAUAGGUGUUUGAGAAUAAAAGGAGACAUUGUUAACCCAAGGUACUAUCAAGAACACUUUGCAGCCUGUGCAGAUAGAAGAAAAUACAAUAUUGAGUAAAGUGUAAUAAGCCUACUUAGAGGUUUGUCCAAGAUGAGUCAAACACAGCCGUGGCAGGUACCUGGGUUUGAUCCCACUGCCAGUGGCAAGGUGCAGAUGUUCAACCCAGCCCAGUUUGACAGUAUUCAUCAACAGCCACCAUCACAACAACAACAACCUCAACAGCAGCAGCAACAACAACACAAUGAAAACAACCAACAACAACCACAAUACCCAGCCACAGAUGGGUUUCAACUCAACCCCAAUGCAGCGAGCUUUAACAGCACUGGUUUUUCCCCCAUGGACCCUGCAAACAUGGCAGCCCCAUAUAUUAUGAAUGGGGGCUAUGAUAACAACUGGGGACAGCAGAGCUGGGGUACAGACUCCUGGAAUCAGUGGAGCCAGCCACCGGGGCAGUAUGGCUGGAAUGGUGGGGAUGGCAGUGGCUAUGGGGGAACCCAGGGGGAUUGGCAGAAUCUCGAACCAGGGGACGAGUGGGCCACUCAGGGAAAUGACCAGUGGAAUACCCAGGGGAAUGAGGAAUGGAAUAGUAAUACCCAGGGGAAUGAAUGGAAUACCCAGGGGAAUGAGUGGAAUGCCCAUGGGAAUGAUGAAUGGAAUACCCAAGGAAAUGGUGGGUGGACACAGGAUCGGUCUCAGCAGGAUGGGGAACAACUGACCAACCACGUCCAGUCUGGUCAGUUUUACUCCAGUGACCAAGGGCAACAUGUAGAUGGACAUGUGUCACAGAACACAGGGCAGCAUGUUAAUCAGGAGGACACAGGGGAGCAGAAGGAACAACAGGAAGGUUACCAUAGCAACACUGAUUAUGAACAGUUUCCAAGUUUAAAUGUCGAUGGUAUUGAUCAGGUGCCUGAUCAUGACAAUUCGCAACCUGUGAAAGAUAAAGAGGAAAUACCUGUUACAUCAGAUGUUUCUGGUGGUGAUCCAUCUGUCAAAAAUCAGUACCUUGCACCAGGAGGACAGACUGGUUUGGUGAGGAAUUUAUCAAACAUAAGUGAUUCUAGUCUCGUGACAGUGAACUUCUCCCGUCAGAAUUCUGAGUAUGAUAGGGAUGAUAGAGAAAAGCUAAGGGAGCAAGUGGCCACUUUAUCCAUUCAGGAUACCCUAGGGGAGCACAGAGGUGAUCCUGCUGGUGCACAGGUCUUUAACCCUCAUGCUCACUUCAGUAACCCCGAUAUGCAAUCACACUCCCCCUUUGAUGACCUGGUUCAAGGGCAAGGUCAUCAGCAGGGUGAAGGUCAGGUCGGAGGUCAAAUGGAAGUGAAGGUUGCACCAGGUCACAGUACGGAGAGCUCUUUUAACAAGCCACUUUUUGUUGUGGGGGGUUCUGCUGACACCUCGGCUCACAACAGUGCCGCAGGGUCCCCUGCUCCUCCGGACGUUCACCCGGAACAGCAACAGCAGAAUGCUCAGGUACAUUCCCACCCUCAGCACAUCCAACAACAACCACCACCAGAGGGCAGUGGUGCACCAGUCCAAGACAGACCACCUUCAGACCACCAGCAGCAUGGAAGACCUCCAUCCUCUCAAUCUGUUCAUUCUAAUGCCAGUGCACAGAGUGGAGAUAGACUGCUCCACAGUCAUGGAGAGGCUGCCUCUAUUUCUACCACCACUGGUCAGAAUACAGAAACUGUGAACCCUGCCAAAGAUAAUGUACACAGUCCUGGGGUAGACCUUAGUAGCCCACUGCCCCCUCCUCCUCCUAUGGUGGGCAAAGGGGGAGAGAAUCCUUACAGGAAAAGCCCUAUGAAUGCACCAGUACCACCAGUGGAGACAACACAGUCGCAUCAACCCAGUGUUGGCAGUGGAGAUGGCGGCACCUCCCCUGAGGUCCAUAUGGAUAUAUUUGCCAGCACGAUUACACCAAGAAAGGAGAGCCCAUUCCAACCCCCGCUGAGGGCGCCCAAGAUCCUCCCGCACCCGGAGGCACAACAGCACACAGAUACCGCUGCUGGUAAGCCAGAGGUUUCUGAACAUUCCAAGUCUGGUCAUCCUGUGUCUGUGGCCCAGGCGGACCUCAGGAGCGCAGAUGCCCCUCCCCCUGGGAGUCCCCAGCGUAGGUUAUCAACACAGAGACUACGAGACCAUCACAACAUGUCUCCUGCGACAACUCUUUGGGAAAAUCCAGCUCCACUGUCUCUGGUUGCUAAUAAUAUACUUUUGGCUCCAGCAGCCUCAACUAUAAGUCCGAUGACAGUGGAUCGGACUCCAGUUAAACCAGCUGGGCCUGCAGGAGUGCAGCCAACUUUACCAGCUGAAAGUCAUUUGGGGAUAGUCCCUCAUCAAAAUGAUAAUUUCAGUGAUACCUCCUCUCUGAAGUCUGAAGACGUUGAGGUCAGUAAGAUUACAGCUGCCCCAGGGGGAGAAACUGCCAAACCGACCCCAGUUAGUAAACCAACGCCAAGUCAGCCAAAACAAAAUCCAGUCAAUACCCCCAGUGCCAACCAGCCUCUUCCUCCUUCUCAACCUCCUCCUCCUCCUCCUCAGCAACACGUGAAUCAAAACCUGAGCCAAAAGACAGAUGGCAUGUCCAUUUCAGGAAAAGAAAACGCCAAAGAUGAAAUCCAAGAGACGCCAAAACGUCCAGUAGAAGAUCGCCAGAGAGGCAGUCGAGAUCAGAGGUCCAGUGAAGAUACGGGUGGUGACCGGAGCAGGAGAGAUGACCGACCAGAUGAGAGGAACUAUAGAAGAGAUGACGACAGACUACAGACAGACGACAGAGACAGAGUUAGACCAGGAGAUAGAGACAGGGAGGAGGACAGGGAUCGUAGAAAAUCACGCUAUGACAGAUACGGUCGUCCAUACGAUGACUAUGACAGAGAUCGAGACAGGUACAGACCCUCUAGUCGCCAGGGUUAUGAUGAUGACAGAUCUAGGGGGGAAUAUGAUAGCUCGGCUGAUCCCAGUCCCAGGGGGAGUAGACCUGAAGAUCGUGACAGACCAAGAUCCAGAAAUGAUUAUGAUAGAGAUCGACCAAGAUACAGAGAUGAUUACGACAGAGACAGGCCUCGAUCAAGGACCGAUUACGACAGGGAUAGACCCCAAUCUAGGACUGACUAUGACAGAGAUAGGCCUCGAUCUAGGACUGAUUAUGAUAGAGAUCGACCACGAUCCAGGGCCGAUUAUGAUCGAGAUAGACCAAGUUCUAGAACUGAUUAUGAUAGAGAUCGCCCCAGGUCUAGAAAUGACUAUGACAGAGAUAGGGGAAGGUACCAACCUAGUUCAAGGAAUGACGAUGGGCGUAGGAGAGACAGGGAUUACUAUUCAGACAGAAGAGAUCCAUACUAUAGUGAUCCGAGAUAUAGUAAAGAAUAUUAUGACUACUACAAGAAGUACUAUGGCUAUGGCAGUGCUGAGGACUAUUACAAUAGCUAUUACUAUGGUCGACAGAGGGACUCCUAUAGCAAGGGGUAUGCAGAGGAGAUGAAGUUACAGGGACAGCAGCCAUAUGAUGACAGGUAUAGAGAUUACUAUGCCAGACAGUACAGUGGAAGCCAGCAGUAUGGAUACAACUAUGACUAUAGUGGACGUGGCAGUCAGCCUGGCUCCAGGAGUCAAACUCCAGGAAUGGAAGAUCCUUAUGCUGGUUACUAUAGCGACCCUCACAACCAAUCCUAUGCAGACUACUAUAACCAGUAUUACUAUGGUGAUACAUCAUACAGUCAGCAGUCACAGGCAGGAGCUGGCCAGGAGGGGCAGGCAUCUGAGUCUCUGGAACCCAAGGAACCUGCCCGCAUGACUCCCGUCAAGUUCUCCAUCCCCCACGUACGUGCCACCUUCAGUGCUUGUGGUCAUCUGGUCAAGGUGCUGCCCAACUGUCCAUCCAGUGGGGAGCCUGCCAUGGUCCACAUCAGCGAUUUGGAAUCUGUGAUACCCGAGUCUGACGAGGCAGAGGAAUUACGAAUAUUCCCUGGACCGUUGAUAAAGGGCCAGACCCAUAAGAAUGAUGUGAUAGCAUUCUGCAUGCACAAGGCCAAGGAGUGCAGGGAAAACGUGAACAUGAUAGACAGGGAGAGCGCAGAACUGCUCUGGAAGUUCUUAGUUCUGCUUAUCAAACAGAAUGGGACUGUGGUGGGCACAGAUGUUUCAGAACUUCUCCUAGAGGGCCACGAGCCAACGACGCGCGAGUACAACCGUAUGGGAAUGAAGAUAGUGUCUAGUGCAAUGGAGUUGGAUGCCUUGGAAGAGGAGACGGACAGUGUUCAGCAAGAUUCUGUUGCCACUGGCGACGACCUCAAUAACACGUCUGUGACGAGUGACAGGUCAUUUGUGAACAAACGAGGGUUGCUACGAGACGAGAGUGUUGAUAGGUUUAGACAUUUGUUGCUGUUUGGAAGAAAGAAGGAUGCCCUGGAAUGUGCAAUGAAAAAUCAACUGUGGGGCCAUGCUUUGUUCCUUGCCAGCAAGAUGGACAAUAGGACAUAUGCCAAUGUCAUGACAAGAUUUGCAAACAGUGCCAUGAAGAUGAAUGAUCCCCUCCAGACCAUGUAUCAGUUAUUGUCUGGUAGACAGCCAGCUGCUGUUACUUGUAUCUCAGAGGAAGGCUGGGGAGACUGGAGACCUCACUUAGCUAUGAUAUUGUCUAACACCACUCCAAAGCCUGAACUAGACAGGAAGAGUAUAUCAACAUUAGGGGACAGCUUAGCUUCUCGUGGCUAUCUCCAUGCUAGUCAUUUCUGCUACCUGAUGGCACAGGUGAAGUUUGGAACCUUUGAGAGGAAGACUUCCAAGAUUGUGCUGAUUGGAUCAAAUCACAAUCUGUCUCUUGAUGAGUUUGCUGUCAACCUGGCUAUCCAGUGUACAGAGAUCUAUGAGUAUGCCCAGUCCCUGGGGAGUCCAUACACUGCCAUACCUACCUUCCAGCCAUAUAAGUUCAUGUAUGCAUGCAGACUGGCCGAGCUUGGCUACUCUGAAGAGGCGUUGACGUACUGUGAGGUGAUCUCUAGUACAAUCCAGCAGGCACCUGGUGCAUACUCCCCUGUAUUGGUCAAACAGCUGUAUGAACUUGGCAGCCGAUUGAAGUACCACGACCCUCAGACCAUCCACUCAGCUGAUGGAGAGUUUGAUGAUCCUUACUGGCUCAAAGCUAUGCCAAAGAUCAUGCAGGCUUUCCAGGAUGGCAGUAUCCAGUACCUCAGUGGAGCUGACACCCCCGCAGGGUUCCUAUCCAGUGCUGGCAGUGAGGACGCCGAGGGGUUCAACCAGGACUCAUCUAUAACUCAUUAUCAGACCUCCUGGCAGCAACAGCAGCAGUCUAUGUACCAGGGGAUAGAUAACGUGGAUGCUCAGCAGCAGCUGCAGGGAUACGAUACCCAGCAGUAUCAAGGUUAUUACCAGCAGCCAGAGGAUGGUCAGCUUCAACAACAACAACAGCAGCAGGGGGACUACCAGUUCUACAACCCGCAGGCAGGGUUUCAGGGAUAUGAUAGCACACAUCAGAUACAAGAUGUCAAUCAGAGCCAAGACAGUCAUGAUCAGACGGGAGAGUUCAAGCCAUUUGGUGGCCACGACCUGAACUUAGCGGAAAGCUAUGGCUCAAACUAUACAACAACAACAGUGACAUCUACAGGAAGCACAGACGACCCUGAUUCGCCGUUCGCACAGAGUGCGGCAACGACGACAUUUGAUUACUAUGACAUGAAUACCGCACAGCAGGCAGCAGAUCAAGUUGUAGAAAAUGCCGCACAAGCCACACGGACACGCACAGUAAGCGGCAGCAGCACGGGUUCAGUGAUAUUCAGGCCCCAUAAUAAUGUCAGCAACCUUGGGAACGCGACGUCGCAACGAGUGCGUACCACGAGCACCAAUAGUAAUGCCAGCACUAUCCGCAGAUCUAGUUUUCAGCAGCAGCCAGUUCGGCAAGAGUCAGCUGAAGAAAAGCCAGCAGCACCACCUCCAAUGAAGGAAGAAAAGAAGAAAGAUACUGGAGCCAAAAAGGGGGGCUGGUUAAGUGGAAUUUUCAGAUGGCCUAAGGGAAAAAAUGAGAUGAAAUUGCCGGAUGAUAGUAACCCUUCUAUUGUGUGGGACCCAGUCAAAAACCGCUGGGUGAACACGGAUGGAGAAGAGGAGGAGACGACUGCGGCACCACCGCCAAAGGAUACUGACCUUAUGGGUGGUGCCAAGCCUGCUCCAGCUAUGGCUCCACCAGGGGGCAGCACAGGUGCAGGUACAGACAUGACAGCCCCACCCCCACCUGCUGGGAACAAGUUCUCACGGCCAAAAGCUAGAGGUGCCAGGAACCAGUAUGUUGAUGUAAUGAAUCCGACCAGUGCCUCUGCUGCUGGACCCCCUCCAAAUCUACUGCCCAUGAUGCCAGCACCAUCUGCCCUGCCUGCCAACCUCUUUAUACCUCCUCCAGCUCCAGAAGGCAGUGAUGCACAGGCUGAAGGUGUUGAUCAACAACAGCAAAACACUGAUCAACAGCAGCAUCAACAACAGGACCAACAACAACAACAACAGUUUCAGGAUCCAUACCAACAACAGCAGCAGCAACAGCCACCUCAGUCACAAUUCUACAACCCUGGUCAGUUUGCCCAGCAGCAAAUACAGGAUCAGGACCAGGUAUGUUCUGUUUUCUGUGUCACAUAG